AUGACCAAAAAGUGUCUUCACAAGGGCUGCGGCAAAACAUACGAAAACGAAGACGAGGAGUGUGUAUACCACCCCGGUCCGCCAGUGUUCCAUGAGGGGCAGAAAGGCUGGAAAUGCUGCAAACCUCGCGUCCUCACCUUCGACGAGUUUCUGGCCAUUGAGCCCUGCACAACGGGCAAACACUCAGAAGUGGACGACACUCCCGUACCCGAACCCGUCCAAGCUCCAGAUAUCGCCAAUGGCACGCAGGUGGAUCUGGGCUCAUUGGAAGAAUCACUGCCGACACCGGCGCCCCGCGUACCCGCCGCACAAGCCGCGCCCGCGGCCUCAUCAACGCCCGCCCCGCCACCCGAGUCAGAGGACGAUGAUCCAAGUAUCGCACUGAAGGAUGGCAUGACGUGCAGGCGGAAAGGCUGUGGAGUGACUCACAAGGGAGGCGAUAGGGACGGAGAGAAGUGUGUACAUCACCCCGGUGCGCCCAUCUUCCACGAGGGCAGCAAGGGCUGGAGCUGCUGCAAGAGGAGGGUACUAGAGUUCGAUCAAUUCAUGAACAUAGAGGGGUGCAAGACCAAAGACAGGCAUUUGUUUGUCGGCAGUGGCAAGAAGGACAAGGGCGGCGAGGAGAAGUUGGACACUGUUCGACAUGACUACUACCAAACAGCCGUGUCGGUAGUUGCUUCACUGUAUCUGAAGAAGAUCGACAAGUCGACCGCCGUGAUAGACUUCCAGCCCAAGUCCGUCAACCUCGACCUGCGAACCACAGACGGCAAGCGCUACCAGACCGAGUUCCCUCUGUUUGCAUCCAUCAAGCCAGAAGAGAGCAAGUUCAGGAUAUUAGGCACGAAGCUUGAGAUGACCCUUGUCAAAGCUGACGGCACAAGCUGGGCAGUCUUGAGGAGUGAUGACAAGCCAACUGGUGAGAUGAUCCAGGUUGGUAGGGCUGGGAGGGCUUAAUCCACGCGAGCAUGCGCUUCACGAGAUAUGAUCAAACCAUUAGCAUAGCGACUAUGGCAUUGAAUGCACAACAUGCAUCAAUUGAAACCAAAA